UCAUUACUGGGAAAAUUAAAUUUUUUUUUUUCCUUUUAAUAGAAAAAUAAGAGAAAAAUGACAACUGCUGCACUGACCUCCACAGCAACAGUUGGUGGUGGACGUUUCAAUUUCUGCGGGAGUAGUGCUUCUUCGUCUUCGUAUUAUUGUUAUUAUUAUAAUCCUCCUCCCCAAAGAAGAAGAAGACGGCGACGACGCCUAGUGGCUUCCUCCUCCUCAUCGUCGCCUGAUCCUCUUGGAAAUGAUAACGAUAAAAACAAAAAACAGCAACAGAUUGAUGAUGAGGAUGAUGAUGAAAAUCAGAUGUCAGUCUCUGUUAUCAAGAAGAGGCUUGUUGAUGCAAAUCCUGUUGGAUUAGGAAGACGGUCCAGGCAAUUAUUCGACGAGGCAUGGCGCAAGUUUUCAGAAUUGGGGCAAAUCUCUAGAACCACCCUUACCAACGACGAUAUUCUUCUUAUUCAGCAAGGGGGCCCUAUGUGCGAAUUUGCAAUCCCUGGGGCUCAGAACACUACUGUUCUCGUUGUCGGUGCUACCAGCCGUGUUGGUCGUAUUGUUGUACGCAAGCUUAUGCUCAGGGGAUACUCUGUCAAGGCUCUAGUAAGGAAUGCAGAACAAGAUGUUGUGGACAUGCUUCCAACUUCUGUUAAGAUUGUGAUCGGUGAUGUCGGGGAUCCUGCCACCCUUAGAGUUGCUGUACAAGGCUGCAACAAGAUUAUCUAUUGUGCCACUGCUAGAUCAUCUAUAACUGUGGAUCUCAACAGAGUUGAUUAUCAGGGUGUAUACAACCUCAGCAAAGCCUUCCAGGACUACAACAAUAAGCUAGCUCAGUUGCGAGCUGGAAAAAGCAGCAAAAGCAAACUUACACUUGCAAAGUUCAAGUCUGCAGAUUCCUUGAACGGAUGGGAGGUUCGCAAGGGCACUUAUUUUCAGGAUGCAGUUGCUGCUAAAUAUGACGGAGGAAUGGAUGCUAAAUUUGAGUUCAGCGAGAGUGGAGAUGCAAUUUUCUCAGGUUAUGUUUUUACACGUGGAGGAUAUGUGGAACUGUCAACUAAACUAUCACUUCCUCUUGGCAGCACAUUGGACAGGUAUGAAGGUCUCGUGCUUUCUAUAGGAGGGAAUGGAAGGUCAUAUGUCUUAAUUGUUGAGUCCGCUUCUUCAGCAGACACAAGCCAGAGCAAUCUGUACUUUUCUAGAAUUAGUACAAAAGUAGGGUUUUGCAGGGUAAGAGUACCGUUUAGUUCGUUUCGGGCAGUGAAUCCCGCUGAUCCACCAUUGGAUCCAUUCCAUAUACACACCCUGACCAUACGCUUCGAACCUAGAAGACAGAGACCUGCUGAAGGACCUGUUGGAACGAACCAGGACAUGAGAAGCUUCCAAAUGAUAUUGGAAUAUAUAAAAGCAUUACCUACGGGACAAGAAACAGACUUCAUCUUAGUCUCGUGUACAGGGUCGGGAAUUGAAAGUAGCAGAAGGGAGCAGGUUUUGAGAGCCAAGAAGGCCGGAGAGGAUUCACUGAGAAGAUCAGGCCUUGGGUACACUAUAAUUCGUCCUGGUCCGUUGAUGGAAGAACCUGGAGGACAACGAGCUCUCAUUUUUGAUCAGGGAAACAGGAUAUCUCAGGGGAUCAGCUGUGCUGAUGUGGCUGAUAUCUGCGUAAAAGCGUUGCAUGACUCAACUGCAAGGAACAAGAGCUUUGAUGUAUGCUAUGAAUAUGUUGCUGAGCCAGGGAAGGAGUUGUAUGAGCUGGUGGCACAUCUACCCGACAAAGCAAAUAACUACCUAACGCCAGCAUUAUCAGCUUUGGAAAAGAACACAUAAAUCGUCCCAUGGAAUGAUCUUGUUUGACCCCCCCCCCUUCUUUUGUACAUGGAAUGGAAUUACAUACCUCUUUUACCACUUGUAAGGCUUGGACUUAAUAUACGACAAGAACUAAUAUAAAAGGCUGGUUUGGAAGAAAAUUUGGAGGUAUUAUACACGAAAGACUUGGAAGAAACUAAUAAAAUGUACAAGGAACCUUACCUUUGUGGGUC